UCCUUCCGCUGGGUUGCUUUCCGACUUCCCAUUCGUCUCGAGCAGCCCUGGGAUUGCGGAGGGGUCUCCUAUCCACGCAUUAAGUGAGGCCCAACCUGGGUAGUAGCUUCAGUGCUCGGCAAGGCCCUUAGGCACUUGAAAGAGAAAAAUAAUACCAAAUGGCAGAAGCAGUUUUUCAUCCUCCCAGAAGGAAAAGAAAAGUAUAUGAAUCAUAUGAUUCUCCAUUCCCUCUUUCUCCUUCCGUAGAAGGCAGUCAUGGAAGAGUUUAUAAAAUGUGCCAGGCUGAAUUGAUAAAUAACAAUGUAAUUGUGAAGAAUCCUGAAGAUAUAGAACAGCUAUAUAGCAAGGGAUUUUUUGGAAAAGGUAUUCUUUCAAGAAGUCGACCAGAAUAUAGUAUUUCAGAUCCUAUGUUGACUGCUAAAUGGAAAGAUGCUAAAUUAAAUAUGCCAAUAAUCUCAUCAAAAAAAUACCAGCAUUGUGUUGAAUGGGCUAAAAAACGUCUGUCUGAACAGGGAAUGGGUGACUCCACAAUUAACAACAUCAUGCAAAAUUACACUAAACAAAUUAAUCUGAAAAUAGAAACUGGGCAAAAUAAUGGAUUUCAAGAUGAAGGAACAUUUAAAAUGGAAAGUGAUAAAGAAGAACCAAAGCUUCUAAUGACAUCAUCUGAAAUUAAUGGGAAUAACAAAUCUUUCAAAGCUAAUACGUGUUGUGAUUCAUUAGACAAACAUGACUGUAGUGAAUCAGAUAUUACAGACUCUAACAUUUUAGCUAAAACUCCUUCACCACAACAAUGUUCUCUCAAUAUGUAUGAUAGCUGCAGAGAAGACAAUUAUGUUGAACCAGAAUCUCAUUGUUUCAGUAAUAAUGAAUAUGAGCACGAGCUCGUAUUAAUAGAAGAAAAAGAAUUGUGUAUGGAAGAGGAAACAAGUGAUGAAUUUCAUUUAAUUAAAAAAGCAAACUUAGUAUGCCGAAGAAACCCUUUCAGGAUUUUUGAAUAUCUGCAACUCAGUCUAGAAGAGGCUUUUUUCCUGGUCUAUGCUCUCGGAUGUUUGAAUAUUUAUUACAAUGAGGCACCUUUAUCUAUCUUGAAGCUGUGGGAACUUUUUAGUAAAGCACAACCCAAUUUUAAGGCUACAUACAUGGCUUAUCAUUACUUCCGUAGUAAAGGAUGGGUCCCUAAAGUUGGCCUGAAAUAUGGAACUGAUUUGUUGCUAUAUCGAAAAGGCCCUCCUUUUUACCAUGCCAGCUAUUCUGUGAUUGCUGAAUUAAUUAAUGAUGAUUUUGAUGGACCACUGCACAGACCAUUCAGUUGGAAAUCUUUGUCUGGAUUGAACAGAACUACAGCAAAUGUUUCCAAGGAACUCAUGUUCUGCUAUUUAAUUAAGCCAUCUGAUAUGAAUGAAAAAGAAAUGCUUUCACCUGAAUGUCUCAAAAGAAUGAAAGUCCAGGAAUUGAUCCUAAAUCGCUGGGUUUCAUCCUGUGAACGUAGUGAACAAGAAGAGGUGUGAAAUUGGAAUCCGAAAGUUGAGCAA